GUGAUGUUAAAGUCUAUCGCCUUGCAUUGAACUGGAUCCAUUAUUCUUCUGUUCAGCGAUUACCACAGUCUACUUAUACACCAUGCACUCCUUAAACCAUUCCACUCUUUUAGCUUCGACACAGCUUCGUACUACACUUCCACCAGCGCGUCUCGCUUCCUCUUCGAGCUUCGAUGGACUCGUGGAGAUAGUGAGAGAGUACGUGGCUAAUGAGAAGAAGGCCAUGAUGGAAGCUGUAGUACCUGUGGUCAUACCGCCCAUACCUUUGCGUCGGCCGAACGUGAUGUCUCUCGCGCACAUCCUGUGCUCCGAUCCAGCAGUUGUCCUGGGUCAAGUAACGGUAGAAGAGAGGAAGGACAAUGCUUCUGCGCCGUCAUCGGAGCACACUGGAAUGGAGGAUUCCAGCUGGGAUGAGCCUGCGGCGUCCUUCGAGGAUAUGGAUGUUUACCUCAACUACCUCGAUGAAGAUGAAGAUGAGGUAGGAAUCGUCGAGCUUCAUUCGCCCGUGCAGUGGGAUACAUCUCCAGUGCUUGGAUGGACACCUCCCAGUGGUUGCGAAGACGUCGACAUCGGCCACGAGGAUCUGACGUGCUUGUCACAAAUAUCAAAUACAACCUUACACCGCAUUCCCCAGGCAUCUGAUGAACCAGAACAUGUCCCGGCAUACCCAGCCACGCGGCCUGCAUACGUGAGAGCCACGCCAAAGAUAUCAACGCAUCCCCCUGCGCAGCUUACACGAACACGAGUCGUACUCGCCCCCACUCAAUGUACAGGAGUGAAGAACAAGAGCAGAAACCAUGUAGCCAAGUCACGGGUGUCUUGUGGGUAUGGGCAGCCACCGAAGGGUGGAAUUCCUCCUGCACUGGCUCGAGAUGUGACCAAGUCUCAUGCACUGCGCGCCGAGCAGGAGCGUAAGCGCAUGCGUGCUGCAGCUGUUAGAGCUGGGGAGGGUAGGAAGCCUAGUGUGCUGCAGAGGGCGAGUGCAGAGACAGAGGAUGGGAUGGCGAGGAUCUGCUAGUCACUGCUGCGAUGAUGUCUGUAUCUCCUUCAUCCUGGUCCACUGGCAUCCAUGUAUACAUCUGUUACACGAGCUUGGUUUAGCCUUUGUGUAACUCCAUACAAAGACUUCAACCAAUUAUUGCUUGAGGCUUUCCUGGUUGAUUAUUAGUUCACUACCCACGACGACGACGACAUUGAAGCAAUUAUUCUAGUCUGUGUGAUGCCAGUCGGAGUGUGGUCGCCGUUGAGCG